AUGAAAGUAAAAAAUAAAAAUACAAAAAGAGAGAAAAUUAAAAAGAAGUUAGAAAAGUUGUUAGAAGUGUUUUCUUCAAGUUCAUCAAGCGAAAGUGAAUCGGACACCUCGGCAAGUUUAUCGAGGAAAAGACGGCGUAUUAUAUCAGAAUCAGAUUCAGAUUGUGAUGAGGAAGAAAAUACGACGCAAACUAAACAUUCAGAAUAUGCACAUAUUUUGGGUGUUAAUCCAGAACGAGAAAAUCCUAAAGGAACGCCUAUAAAUAAAGAAAUUGUUUUACGGUGGACAAGUUAUUUAACUGAAGGAUUAAAUAACGACACUAAACAGGAAUUAAAGAAAAAAUGGGCCGUACCGGAAGAUUUUCCUAUUUUAAAUGCUCCAAAAAUAAAUCCGGAAAUUCAGCUGUUACUUAAUAGUACAGAAAUUACUAGAGACUCCAUAUUUUCCCAUAUACAAAAUGAGAUUGGCCUUGGUUUAUCGGCUAUGGGCACAGCCUUAAAUAAAAUAUUGGAUAAUGACCUAUCCAAUAUCAAAGACGAUGUUUUGCCCGGCCUGAUAGAUUCUGCAAAACUAUUUGCACAGGCGCAUUUUUUAUUAACUCAGCACCGAAAACAUCAAAUAUACCCAACAUUAAAUACACCUAUGCAAAAAGUUGCAAGAGAAUGUCAUUCAGAUAGUGUGUUAUUUGGUAAAGACUUUGCUGAAAAAUGUAAAUCAGCGACAGUCAUAAAAAGUCUAAUAUGGAGUUAAAAGCUUCAUCGAAACCUGCAGAUUCCGUGCGACCAAACCAAUUUAGGAAUGAUUUAAACUGGAAGCGCCCGUUCACCAAAGCUCGGUUCAAACAAGGCGUCAAAAACCCGAGAAAUCAGGGGGGGAGCGCACAGGAACGUCCUCAGUGGAACCAGCCGAAUCAUCGCAAGGGGUCAUACUACCAAGCUCGUCAACGCAACUACAAUCCCUAAAGGU